CUUCCGCCGCCUCGAUGCCGCCAUUCCGAUCACGUACCUCCAUCGCUGCGGCGGCGGCGGCGGCUUCCUCAUUCGCCUCCUUUGCAUCGCUUGCCUACGCCGAUGGUCCCUUUCGCUUCCCCUACCUCUCUUCUCCUUCAGCUCCUGCCACCAAUGCGAAUGCUUCGUCUUCCACGUCAUCAUCUUCUUCUUCAGGAGGCUUCGACCCGGAGUCGCUGGAACGUGGGGCGAAAGCCCUGCGAGAAAUCAACAGCUCGCCUUAUGCCCACCAGGUUUUUGAGCUGAUGAGGAGGCAAGAGGAGAGUCGUUUAGCAGAGAUUGCUGCUGAGAAAGCUAGGCAUUUGGCAAUACAGACGCAGGCUGAUAUUGUGAGCCUUCUUUGUUUUGGGAGUUUGUUUAAGCUUCAAUUAGAGAAACAACACAAGCUGGCAGAGGAGCAAAGGAAUCUCAUUCAACAACAAGCCCAGACAAAAGCUCAAAUGGCACGCUAUGAAGAUGAACUAGCCAGAAAAAGAAUGCAGACAGAACAUGAAGCUCAUAGACAGCAGAAUGUUGAGCUAGUCAAAAUGCAAGAGGAAUCCUCUAUAAGGAAAGAACAAGCCAGACGUGCUGCGGAAGAGCAGAUUCAAGCUCAACAACGCGAAACUGAGAAACAUGCAGCUGAAAUAGAGCGUGAAACAAUUAGAGUAAAAGCAAUGGCGGAGGCUGAAGGUCGUGCUCACGAGGCUAAAUUAACCGAGGAAUAUAACAAGAGGAUGAUGUUAGAAAGAAUGAAUGGAGAAAAGGAUAAAUGGAUCUCUUCAAUUAAUGCAACUUUUAGUCAUGUCGAAGGUAUUUUGCAAAAUUGCAUUACCUUGUAA